AUGCACCUUUCUAAUUUUAUGGGAGCAUCUUCUAUGCCGGUCCUUUUCAAGCGCCCUGUUCUUAACGAUGAAGACAAUAAAAUCAUUGAUGAGAGGGAGCAUAGUCGGGAUGGUGGUGGCAAUGUUGAAACUAUAUUAUCUUCGCUUGAUCUCUCCAAUGAGAAUGAUGAAGAUCACCUUAUAUCAUUUGUAGUUGAGGAUCUUGAUCCCCCGCUUCCGGCUCCUCUAAAACUGAACCAUUCUUCAGAUCUCAUUAUUGCAGGUCACUGUGAUGGAAUCAUCUGUUUAAAACUAUUCACUGGUAACGCUAUUCUGUGGAAUCCAGCUAUGAAGGAAUCCAAGCUUCUUCCCAAGUCUCUUCUUCUUCUUCCCAACGAUGACGAUGAGUUGCUUAACUAUGAAUUAGGAUCUUACACUGAUAAUUUGGGAUUUGGCUAUGAUCCCAAAGGUAAAGAUUACAAGGUUGUUAGGUUUGUAACUUAUAAUGAAGAAUAUUAUUGGUUCCGAGCAGAAGUAUACAGUAUGGAUUCUAAUUCUUGGAGAGAGAUCAACACUCCGUAUGAUGAAAUGACAACUAGAGCAGUUUUCCAAUCUACUAAUGAUUUAUCUGUAUACUUCAACGGAAUAUGUUAUUGGCAAGUAUUAGGGCGCAUUCCUGAUGUUGAGGUAUUUCUUCUUUCAUUUGAUAUGGGUAACGAACUAUUUAACGAGAUACCGUUUCCAGAAUUGCCAGAUGGAUGUAGAGUGACAACACUUGCAAUUUGGAAAGAGUUCAUUGUUCUUUUCACCUAUCAAGAAGGAAUUGGAAUUCCUCAAUGUUACGAUAUGUGGGUGAUGAUGGAUGAUCCAGGUGACGGCAAGGGUCCAUGGACAAAACAUUUGACUAUAGGACCGGUGGAAUGUGAUGGAUGUCCAUUGCUAUUUCACAACAAUUGCAACUUAUUUAUGAUUAAUAAUAAUGAUGGACAUAUCGUCUCAUAUAACAUUGGCACAACAAUACUGAAGUAUCUUCCUAUUCAGUUCAUUGGAUAUAUCUUCUAUAAUCAAGCACUCGUUUAUAGAAAUACUAUUGUUUCCAUCAAAGGAGGAAACGUACUUGACGAUAUACAUAUUUCUGCUUUUUAUGGCAAUGGUAUGUUUCAAUCCGGUUACAGAGGAAAAGUCGAUAUUUCUACUUUUCAAGACAUUGAGAAGUCAGAGCUGUAA